AUGCUGCGUCCAUCCACUAUUCUCAUGCAGCGAGCGAUGCGAAUUGGUAUGAUUCCAGCUGAUGGGAUUGGCCGUGAGGUCUUGCCUGUAGCGCAGCGUGUUAUGACAGCUGCACCUGGCGCGCCGCAGUUUGAGUUCGUGCCAUUGCAGGCAGGCUUCGAACACUUUCAGACCACGGGGGAAGCAUUGCCACAGGUGACCAUUGACACACUGAAGAAUGAGUGUGAUGCGGCGAUGUUUGGAUCAGUAUCGAGCCCAUCCCACAAGGUUGAGGGAUACUCGAGCCCAAUUGUUCGUUUGCGGAAAGAACUUGGACUGUAUGCCAACAUCCGACCGGUGAGUGGACCGAUCCUGCCAGGCUCGCCAAUUCAAUCACCUGUGGACAUUGUAACGAUUCGCGAGAAUACAGAGUGUCUAUACAUUAAGCAAGAAACGCUCGAAGAGACACCAAAUGGGAAAGUGGCGCGUGCAAUCCGCCAGAUUACAGAGUCGGCAUCGACACGGAUUGGAAAGAAAGCUAUGGAAGUCGCCCUGAGUCGCAAGACUAUGCGUGCCAAGGCUGGCAGUCAAGAUCCCACCAAAGUGACCAUUUGCCACAAAUCAAAUGUUCUCUCCGUUACGGAUGGCUUAUUCCGUACAUCUGUUCGGGCUGUGUACGAAAGCGACAAGAAGGAGAAUGGCGGUCAAGGCCGUUAUGAAGGGAUCUUGCUUGACGAGCAACUGGUCGACAGCAUGGUGUACCGUAUGUUCCGAGAGCCUAAUGUGUUUGAUGUCGUCGUUGCGCCGAAUCUGUACGGGGAUAUCAUCAGUGAUGGCGCAGCCGCGCUUGUCGGCUCUCUUGGUCUUGUGUCGAGUGUGAACGCCGGCGAUUCGUUCAUCAUGGGUGAGCCUGUACAUGGAUCCGCACCUGAUAUUUGUGGUAAAAACGUCGCGAACCCGAUAGCAGCUGUGCGUUCAGCUGCCCUUAUGCUUGAGUACAUGGGAUACACGGAGCCAGCACUUGCCAUUUACCGUGCUGUCGAUGCCGUGCUGACACAGGGCAAGGUUUUGACGCCUGACUUGCCUGGGGGCAAGGCUACGACGUCUGAGGUAGAAGGAGCUAUUCUUCGUGCACUUGCGUGA